AUGUCUGACCACGAGGAGGUUGUUUCCAACUCGGGCUAUGACACGCCCGUGCCUGAGCUUGAUGACCACCGGCACCAGACCCCUUCGGUCCAGCGGGUCGAUCGAGCGCGCCGAGGCACGUUCGAUUCACUUUACGGAAGCCAACUAGACACUGCCCUCCAGUAUGACAAUGCUGUUCGUGUCCGCGAUUUUGAGGAAGCCGUGAUUGAUGAGGAUGCCGGAGAUGCCUCCCCAAAUGCUGCUCGAGCCCGCCGCGGGACUGUCGAGGCCAUGGAUCAACGGUCCAUCUCUCCGCCCAACUCGGUCAAGGCUUUUGCGCAGGCUCGGCGCCGCGAGCGCGGGCCGUCCUUUACGGAGAACAAGGGUGAACAGAAGGGCGACGAAGCGGAGCCGCACCAGCUGCACCGUACACUGUCGGUUGCCAGCCGUCAGAGCCGCCGCAGCCAGCGCAGCCGACCACAUACCAUGAUCGACAACGAUGCGUCGAGUAUCUCGACCAACAAGUCUGCGGAAGAGGAUGUGUGCUUUCCCCUGCAGGACGAGCGCCCCGAUGACAAUUUGCACAUCGACUUUGAGUACCUUGAGAACUUCAUGCGCGAGGAGGCGGAGGAGAGCCGUUCGACUCGCGGCAAAGUCUUCUCGGAUCUUCGCCCCCAGGCUGCGUCACCUGCGACGGGCCCUGUAUCCAUGGCCACCGCUGAUGGCGAUAUCAUCGAUGUCCCGACGUACUCGCUCUCUGACGAGAAGGAGGACCAAGACGUCAAGGCAGCCCCGGCGACCCAGCAACAGCAUGUUGACCCCAACAGGUUCAGCUUCUUCUCGUCUGCCUGGGAGUCGACUAUCCAUGCUCCCGACUUUGCCGACCUGGUGCUCCCCGGAGAAGAUGUCCGUGGCCUGUUUUCCUUCCCCAAGGGCGAAACUGAUGGAGUCUGGUGGCUGAACGUGAACAACCCGACUGAGGCUGAAGUCAGGGCCAUCACCCGUGCUUUUGGCAUUCAUCCCCUGACGAUCGAGGAUAUCACGACUCAGGAAUCCCGCGAGAAGAUUGAACUGUUUUCUUCUUACUACUUCGCCUGCUUCCGAUCCUUCGAGGUGGUUCAAGAGGACGGCGAGGUCGAGUACGAGGCGUUCCACCUGUAUGUGAUCGUCUUCCGGGAGGGCACCCUGAGCUUCAGCUUUGCCCCCAACUCCCAUGCAAGCAAUGUUCGCAAACGUAUCGCCAUGCUGAAAGACUACGUCUCUCUCAGCAGUGACUGGAUUUGCUAUGCUUUAAUUGACGACAUUGUGGACUCAUUCGCUCCUGUUAUUCACAAGAUCGAAUUGGACACGGAGUACAUUGAAGACGAGGUCUUUAUUGCUCGCAGCGACGACAUGCAUACGUUCCUGAAACGGAUUGGCAGCAUCCGGAAGAACGUCAUGGGCCUGAUGCGUCUCCUCGGCGGCAAGGCCGACGUUCUGAAGGGCUUCACAAAGCGAUGCAACGAGAACUACAAGGUCACACCUAGGAUGGACAUCGGCCUCUAUCUUGGUGACAUCCAGGACCACGUUGUCACCAUGAUGAACAACCUGGCUCACUUUGAGAAGAUGCUGUCUCGCUCGCACAGCAACUACCUGGCUCAGCUCUCCAUCGACAGCAUCACUCAGGGCACCAACACCAAUCGCGUGCUGAGCAAGAUCACCUUCUUGGCCUCGAUCAUUGUGCCUUUGAACGUUAUCACGGGUCUAUUUGGCAUGAACGUUCAUGUUCCAGCACAGGGUGGAGACGACCUCACUGCCUUUGGCGCUAUUGUCGGCGGACUCGUGGGCUUCUGUCUGAUUGCACUGAUUGUCGCUCGAAGAUUUAGGUACAUCUAG